GGGCAGACCACUUCCAAUAGCAGAGUCGCGCCAAACCCGUCAGGCAGGGGGAGCGCUUUCUCCCAGUAAUGACAGCUUCCUGUCACGAGGGAACAAUAAUAAUAACAGAAUGGCGCAGUAGCCGCGGACAGCUUGGGAGUCCAUGAGAGGGAGCGCUGCAGCGAUUUAGCGGCCUGUUCUCCGCUUUCUACAGACAGAAGAAGAAGAAGAAGCAGUAGCAGCGACAAUAACAACAGCACUGUCUGCAGGCCGGUACUAAGCGCCUUGUCCCCGGUGGGGGGAGGGCGAUCUCCCAUUCCAGGAUGUGGCUAAACCCGGACGAGGUGCUGCUUGCUAAUGCGCUGUGGGUGACGGAGAGAGCCAACCCAUUCUUCUUACUGCAGCGCCGACGGGGCCAUGGCAAAGGCGGCGGCCUGUCAGGCCUGUUGGUGGGGACUCUGGACGUAGUUUUAGAUUCCAGCGCCCGAGUGGCCCCUUACCGGAUACUGCACCAAACCCAGGAAUCUCAGGUUUACUGGACUGUAGCCUGUGGAUCCUCCCGGAAAGAGAUCACAGAGCACUGGGAGUGGCUGGAGAAUAACCUGCUGCAGACUUUGUCUAUUUUUGAAAAUGAGGAGGACAUAACCACUUUCGUCAAAGGCAAAAUCCAUGGCAUAAUUGCUGAGGAGAACAAGAGCUUGCAGCCUAAGGAUGAGGAAGACCCUGGUAAAUUCAGGGAGGCUGAGGUGAAGAUGAGGAAACAGUUUGGGAUGCCAGAGGUAGAGAAACUGGUCAACUAUUACUCCUGUAGCUACUGGAAAGGGCGAGUGCCCAGACAAGGCUGGCUCUACCUGACGGUGAACCAUCUAUGCUUCUAUUCCUUUUUGUUGGGCAAAGAAGUUACUCUGAUUAUCCAGUGGCUGGAUGUGACUCAGCUGGACAAGAAUGCUACCCUUCUUUUCCCAGAAUGCAUCACAGUCAGCACAAGGGACAGCGAACACUACUUUUCCAUGUUUCUCAAUAUCAGUGAGACCUUCAAGCUAAUGGAGCAGCUUGCCAACAUUGCCAUGAGGCAGCUUUUGGACAAUGAGGGAUUCCAUGAAGAUAGAAACCUUCCUAAACCAAAACGUUCCCUCAAAAAAAUCUCUGCCCUGAAAAGGGACCUGGAUGCCAGAGCGAAGAAUGAACGGUACCAGGCCACCUUCCGGCUUCCUAGGGACGAGCGUCUGGAUGGGCACACAGACUGUACUCUCUGGACCCCAUUUGCUAAAAUGCAUAUCCCUGGACAGAUGUUUGUUUCUAAUAACUAUAUCUGCUUUUCUAGCAAAGAGGAAGAAGUAUGUUUGUUAAUCAUACCCCUUCGAGAGGUUAGUAUUGUAGAAAAAGCAGAUAGCUCCAGUGUUCUGCCAAGUCCUUUGUCCAUCAGCACCAAGGGCAAGAUGACUUUCCUGUUUGCCAAUCUGAAGGACAGAAAUUUCCUGGUACAGCUUAUAUCAGACUUUCUGCAGAAGACAUCAGCACAAAAAACCAGAGGGGACUUUGUUGGGGAGAAAGGAAACACACAGAACAAUGGAUGUGAGGAAGCUACAAAGCCUUCUCCCUCCAGCCCCAGUGAUGUGAGUCCCACCUUUUCCAUUCCUCUGAACAAUGGCAGUGAUGCUCCUACUGCUUCACAUGGCCUUCUGAAGUUGUUCCAGGGGGAGAAUGAAGAACAACUGAUGCCUAAAUGGGCUAAAGAGAAAAUGAAGGAAGAGUCGUGGAACAUUCAUUUUUUUGAGUAUGGUCGGGGCAUGUGUAUGUACCGUACAUCAAAGACACGAGAGCUAGUGCUAAAGGGCAUUCCAGAGAAUCUGCGAGGCGAGCUCUGGCUGCUGUUUUCGGGAGCAUCCAAUGAGAUGGUGACACACCCUGGUUAUUAUGCAGACUUAGUCGAAAAAUCCAUGGGAAGAUGCAACUUGGCAACAGAUGAAAUAGAAAGGGAUCUUCAUCGUUCUAUGCCAGAGCAUCCUGCCUUUCAAAAUGAACUUGGCAUAGCAGCACUACGCAGGGUGCUCACUGCAUAUGCAUUCCGCAACCCAAACAUUGGUUAUUGCCAGGCCAUGAAUAUAGUGACCUCUGUUUUGCUGCUUUACUGUAAUGAGGAAGAGGCUUUCUGGCUUUUGGUGUCCUUGUGUGAGCGUAUGCUUCCAGAUUACUACAAUACUCGUGUAGUGGGAGCUUUGGUGGACCAAGGUGUAUUUGAGGAGCUGACCCGUUUGUACCUGCCCCAGCUGUCCGAGAAGAUGCAAGAGCUUGGAGUGAUCUCUACAAUCUCCCUCUCUUGGUUCCUCACCUUGUUUUUGAGUGUCAUGCCAUUUGAGAGUGCAGUAGUGGUGGUGGACUGCUUUUUCUUUGAAGGCAUUAAAGUGAUUCUGCAGAUAUCAUUAGCUAUCCUAGAGGCUAACAUGGAGAGUCUGAUGAACUCUCUGGAUGAAGGAGAAGCCAUGACUAUCCUUGGAAGAUAUUUGGACAAUGUUCUGAACAAGCAGAGUGUAUCUCCUCCUAUCCCUCACCUGCACGCACUGCUUACCAUUGGGGAUGAACCGCCUCCUGAAGUUGACAUUUUUAAUCUUAUUAAGGCUUCCUAUGAGAAGUUCAGCACUCUCAGAGCUGAUGACAUCGAGCAGAUGCGGUUCAAGCAGCGGCUGAAAGUGAUCCAGAGUUUGGAAGACACUGCCAAAAGAAGCAUAGUCAGAGCCAUUUCCACUGAUUUGGGUUUCUCUAUGGAUGAGCUGGAGGAUCUGUAUGUGCUGUUCAAGGCCCAGCAUCAAAUGAACUGUUACUGGGGAGGACAACGCACCUCUGGGAGCAGACACGACCCCAGCCUGCCCUAUCUAGAACAAUACCGUAUAGACCUUCAGCAGUUUCAAGAACUAUUUAAUCAACUCACUCCCUGGUCCUUUGGCCAACAUGCCUCUAUUCUGGCCACCCGUAUAUUUCGCCUGUUGGAUAGCAACGAAGACUCUCUCAUAAACUUCAAAGAAUUUGUAACAGGACUUGGUGGCAUGUAUCAUGGAGACAUGACAAAAAAGCUAAAAUUCCUCUAUAAACUGCAUUUGCCUCCAGCUCUGAGUCCUGAGGAAACAGAAUCGGCUCUAGAAGCCACAAGUUAUUUCACAGCGGACAUGCACUCAGAAGUAUCUCCCUUUCUGUCUGAGCUGGAUCUCAUCCUGCAAAGUGAGUUUCCAGACUCUGAUGGACAGGGGAAUGAAUCCACAACUGUGCAUGGAAAUUCUUCAGAGAAGAAAGAUGAGAAGACAACCAGUUCGGCAGACUAUAAAUAUUAUCUCCGUAUGUGGGCCAGUGAAAAAGAGCAGAAAAAAGAGACUAUUAAGGACUUGCCGAAAAUUAACCAGGAACAGUUUAUAGAGUUGUGUAAAACAUUCUAUAACAUGUUCAGUGAGGAUCCACUUGAACAAGAAUUGUACCAUGCCAUUGCCACUGUUGCAAGCCUUCUACUGCGUAUUGGUGAGGUGGGAAAAAAGUUCUCUAACCCACCCCACAGAAAUGCAGGUAGUAGUCAAGCAAAUUUGACCAGAGAACCUUCUAGUGAGGAAGAAGAGCCAAGUUCAAGUUUAGAGAACCAGCUUAUGAAUGCAACAGAGAGGCAAGAGCUGGCUGUACCAGGUAUCCCAGUCCCCUCCUGCGCUCAAAGCCUAUUCAUCUCACAAGAGGAGAUACAAAACCUCCAAGAAGAUAGACCUGCAACAGAAGGAAAUAGUCCUACACAGCCAACCUCUGAUGAUGAAACCAAGGAUGACACAUCGGUAUCCUCUUAUUCUAUGGUUAGUGCUGGUUCCCUUCAGUGUGAGGAUAUUGCAGAUGACACUGUACUAGUAGGAUGUGAAGCUGUUAAUGCAGCUGCUAAACAUGGCAGCACCAUAGACGCGGAGUGGGCAAUCUCUUUUGAGCAGAUCCUGGCCUCGGUGCUUACAGAGGGAGUGUUGGUCAGCUACUUUGAGAAGAAAGUGGAUAUUAUUCAGAAAAUCAAGCAGAAGAAAGUGGAAAGGCAAAUCAGUUCCUCUAGCGAGUAUGAACUCUCCUCUGUGUCGGGAUGAUUUGGAACUGGAGGACAGAAAUGGGAUUUAGUCCUAUAACGGAGAAUCAAAGUUUUACAGAUCAUUUUAUUCUCCCAUUUCUUACUAUAUUCAAUUAUGCAUCUUCCAUGGUUGCUAAUGUAUGGAAGUAAGACUUUGCAUUUCAGGUAUUGUUUUGCACUUUUGAACUUGGAUGAAGGUGGAGCAUUUUCCCAAAGCCCAUUAAUUGCUAUCCAUUAUGAAUGUUUGCUUCUGACUACUGUUUUAAUGGAAAGUUUUAUAUACUGUGCACCUGCACCUUGCCCUGCCCCAUAUCACUCCAUUGCUUGCAUAGGAUAUAACAUGUCUUACCUUUUCCCUCUAAUAUACAGAGCGAAUGGUGUUGUUUUUUCCACAUCCACUAAAUAUUAAAUGAAACAGUCCUUUACUCUGUUUAUAAUGCUCCUGGAUUAUCAGUUGUGCUCAUAAGUGAUACAGAGUCUUGUUAUGAUAACCAGUAUCAUGGCAUAACCAAAUCAGUGUCCUAGCUAAAGUGCAAUAGUCAGGUGUACAGAAUUGUAUUCCAUUUUAUAAUGUAUUUACUUAGAAAUAAGUUUUAUUUUGAUGUCAUAAUGCCAUUUGUCACACCUCUGUUCCAUAAUAUCAUAAAAAUAUUUUUUUUUAUACAGGAUGAAUAAUCUACAUGUGAGCUUUGCACAGGCAGGCUCUCCUUUGCUGCUGGUUCAUGCUUUGUAUCCAAAUCCCCCUUCAAUCCCUCCAAACCUGAAACAGAAUAGUCUUUCAAAUAUAUUAUGUAAGGCUAGAAUGCAUUUACAACUUGUACAUUUUAAUAUAAAUGAUUGAUAACCAAUAAACAGCAUCAAUACUCA